AUGACACCCCGCACCUUUGGCAUGAACGAGUACUCCCCAGACGGCAUUUCGCUAGGCGCUGGUGGCGUCGUUGACAGCUGGCCAAAUAUGAACAGACAUCCAUCGGGUUUGACAGCUCCUGCACAAAACCCCGCGACGCCCAUCCAGCAGAGCUUCAGCGCUCCCCAGCUUCAUCCGCCAGCUCGUCAAACGACGUUCGCCUAUCCAACAAACAACUCCUAUUCCAGCGCUGCGCCGCAGGAGGAUCACCGCGACUAUCGCCGUUACUCCCCGCCUCGUCAGACCAACCCUACCGCUUCUACUGCUAGCUUCGACUCUCCGGCACACAUCCCAAUCAGCUCCGCAGACAGCCAGUCGCAUCCGGCGACCCUAUCUACAGCGACCCUUAGCUCUCGCUCUACACUUUGGUGGGGCAAUCUCGAACCCUGGAUGGACGAAGAAUACGCCAAGCAGGUUUGCGGCCUCAUGGGCUGGAACCCAGUCGACAUUAAGGUGCCCUCGCCAGCGGAGGCCGGACAAUCCGCACAGGCCAACAACCCAGGCUACUGCUUCCUUUCGUUCUCCAACCCCGCGCAAGCCGCCGCCGUUCUGGCCCAGGUCAAUGGCAACGGUGGUAACGCCGCGAUAAUGCCCAACUCGACUCGGCCCUUCACACUCAACUGGGCGUCAUCCAUCCCUCAGUCCGCCCUGAACACCUCGAUGCACCCUCCGAACUCGGUUCCAGGGCAGCCAUUUCAGAAGGAGUACAGUAUAUUCGUUGGCGACCUUGCCCCGGAGGCGAGCAACUCGGACCUUGUCGCGGUUUUCCGUAAUCCGGUCCUUGGCCUGCGAAACGAUCGCGAGCCGAAGUUCAUCAGACCGUUCUUGAGCUGCAAGAGCGCCAAGAUUAUGCUCGAUCCUGCCACCGGCGUCUCGAAGGGUUAUGGAUUCGUUAGGUUCACGGAUGAAGCCGAUCAGCAGAGGGCAUUGGUCGAGAUGCACGGAUUGUACUGCUUGUCUCGUCCUAUGCGGAUUUCCCCCGCCACCGCCAAGUUCAAGCCGCCGACUUCGCUGAAUCCCUUGAACUCUGCCGACCUCGCGCGGCUUGCCAACGGACUCACGCAGGUUUCGACCCCGUCCAAUGCGGGCGUGCCAUCGCAGAUAGCGUCGAUCCCGCCGCAGAAGAGUGUCACUACUCCUGUAGCUUUCUCUCCUACGGCUCCUCAGCCGCCGCCGUUCGGCUCGCCCGUCAACAACCAGAUAGGCAGUGGAGGCGUGACGCCCUCCUCCAGCGCAGCAUCCACCACCUCAGGCUCCUCGACGCUCGUGAACACGUCGGUGGAAGAUGCUACCAAGAAUCUACCUCCCGAUGUGAUCGCCCAACUAGCGCAGUACGCCAACGGCAACGCCGCUAGUGCUGUCAAGUCUUCGGGCGCUGUCAACUCCAUCACGAGCCCGUUCGCUGCCCAGCAGCAGCAGCAGCAGCAGCAAGCUCGCCAGGAGAGUGACAUGGAUCAGAAAUACGUCAUUUCCGAAGAGUCUUGGAAGCAUCAUGCUCAAGCGCGGGCAAUCCUGUCGAACCUCAUUGGGCCGAACGGCGAGCAGCUCACCUCGAUGGACCCCUAUAACACAACCGUCUUCGUCGGCGGAUUGUCGCCCCUUAUCUCUGAGGACACGCUGAGAACUUUCUUUGCGCCCUUCGGCGAUAUCCACUACGUCAAAGUACCCGUCGGAAAGCACUGCGGAUUCGUGCAGUUCGUUCGCAAAGCCGACGCGGAGCGGGCUAUCGAGAAGAUGCAGGGUUUCCCCAUUGGUGGUAGCCGUAUUCGCCUGAGUUGGGGCCGAAGCCAAUACAAAGCUGCGCAGGCCGCUGCACAGGCUGCUCAAGCGGCUGCUAUGCAAGCCCACCUUCAGCACCAGUUGCAGACGCAAGUGCAACCCACAGCGCCGCUGUUGACCACGGAACAGGCCAUGCAGCUGCUUCAGCGUCUUGACCUCGGCGCUUUUGCAUCUACCGGAGCAGUCCCCUCGAACAGUGAUGCAUUCGCGGGGCGCGUUGCGCCUGGUGACGGUGGCCGGACUCGCGAGAGCGAAGCGAACGCGGCAGCGUCCCAUUUCGAAAGUUUUGCCAUGGGAGACUUUACCGGCAACUCGUUUAACGGACCUACGGAUCGCCGGAGCUCGAUGUUCUCUCCCUUCUCGCCGGAUAUGAACUCGCAAGCUCGGGAGGGACACCAAGGGCCUGACUUCUCCAACUUUGGCGGAUCCCAGUCGCACCAGUCGCGGCACCCAACGCGGCAUGUCUCGAACUUCGUACCAGCCGCCAUCGACACCCACGCCGCCUCAAAAGUUGUCGGUGCCAGUCGCAGCAGCAGUGGCAAGGUUUCCCCUGUCACCCCUACUUCCCGCCCAGGCUCGUCAGGCAAGUUCGGAACGUUCACAGACGCAGCGCACGUUCAGACGCAGCGAAGCGACGAGUCCCAGCACCACCCCGUCGUCGGCAGAACUUACUCGUACGAGCGCCAAUCCGGAGUGAACCUCGGCAACGCCCAGGAAGAUAGCAUGGCGAGUCUGCAGGACUUGAACGGCAUGCUUGCGAGCCUUGAUCUCGACAGCCAUGGAUACGCGGCGGGCAACCAUGCCACGGCCGCCUGA